AUGGCAGUUCAGACAACAGCAGGUAGAUCUUCACGAGGACAUAAUCCAGCAACACACAAGAGGCCGACCGGAGCCGUGAGGCCAAUCUUCAUUUUCUAUUUUGUUGCCGUUUGCUUCAUGGGCAUCCAUGCCGCGUUUUUCGCCGUCUUGAAUAACCGUCCAGUUAAUACAACGAUUGGCCAGGGACUCUCAACGGCGUUAGCCAAUAUAUUGGACAUUUUUGUUGAAGUCUCCCUGCUUGGAGGUCUCGGAGUGGCAUACAAUCAGAUCCUGGCGAGGUUUCUCAGACAGAAAUCCUUCUAUAGUCAGGACACUAAGCUCCAUACUCUUGCUUCCAGCCCAUGGAAUCUGUUUCGGCCCAGGGUACUAGCUCAUAUUCUACAUAUUAAGAGGCUGUGGCUUGUAGGAUUUCUUUGUGCUGGGAUUCCUUUUGCCGCUGUAUUUCCUCCUGGAGCACUGACGGUCAAAUUUCAGAAUUCUGUGCCUUUGACGAUGAAUGCUGUGCCAACAAUCAAUAUCAGCGAUUACGGAAAUGGCACUUACCAAGACUUCGUGGAGAAGUCGUUUUUUGAAAUGAAUGCGGACCUCAGUUACAUGAACCAAUUGAGACCAAGUCUGAAUGCAUUGGCAGCUCAAGUGCUAUCGUCUGGCAGGCCAGUCAAGAUUGACUCGCCUUGUGGCGCUUCGUGUGUUUACGACAUCUCUAUCGAGGGGCCUCGGUUUCACUGCCAGGAGCAUAGUCGUCGCGAUGCUCUGUCGGAAGGCUGCUCUAUCAUCUACAGAGCGGCAGAUGAAAAAGACAGCAGUCCCGACGAACCAUACAGCCGCACCAAUAACUCUUUUAAGAUGAGCUGGUACACUGACCCUCGACCAGAGAAUUGCACGUCACGGAGUAUCAAGACUCUUGACUGCUCUAUGAAGUUGGCGACAUACAAUCUUCAUAUUAAUAACUCACUUGACUCAUCUCAGUCCAUCGAUGUGCGUAUUGAAAAUGAGAGGGAGGUCUGGUCGGAAAACGCUUGGAUUCAAACACAAUUCUUCUAUUAUUUCUUCUAUGGUGGCGGCAUAACGCCUCGCCUCGCCAACGACAGCUUGGAAGCAAAUUUCACCAAUGCCCAAGCAUAUGGAAUCAGCCGGGCUGCAGUGCAUGCCUUGCAAGGAGAGGUAGAGAUGAGUAGAGAUGGCCCUGGACUGGGGGUUAUUUUCUUCCUAGGCAAUGCAUCACAGGUACUGGGGAGCCCGUAUAUUGGAUUAGAUGACAGAUAUAAUGCUCAUUUCAACAUUUCCGCGGCAGGUAUUGAGAGAUACCUACAAGAUGUUGUGAUUUCGACGAUUUCGCUUGGAAUGUCGACACACAAUGGGGAUAUUAAUGCAUCCAUCGGCGCCGAAGUUUACCAGUUUAGCGAGAAGGUUCAGUUUAUUGCCGGAUACGGGGCUUGUAUUGUUAUUGCAUUAAGUAUUUUUGCCUUUAGUCACUUUCUUACUUGA